ACCUCUUCCUGCGAACCCGGAAGGAAGAAAGAAGUAAAGACUAUGAUCAGCUCCAUGAAAAAGCUCUCGCCCAAAACCAGCUUCAACGCCUAUGUAGAGACGUGCUUCUCCUCAUUGAAAAGCCUCCCCGACCAAGGCUCCGCCAGAGAGGUGACGGCGCUCCACGGCCACCUCAUCAAAACGGGCGUAUCUUCGGAGCGGUACAUCGCCGUUAAGCUCCUCGUGCUGUACUUGAGUCACCGGAGGUCGAGGGAAGCGGAGCAGAUCCGGAGGGACUUUGAUGGGUCCGACGUGAUCGUGCGCAACUGUCUGAUCACCGCGAGCCUGGAGUCGGGGGACGUCGGCGAGGCGCGGCGCCUGUUCGACGAAAUGCCCGAGAGGAACGAGGUUUCGUGGACGGCGCUGGUCUCGGGCCUGAUGAAGUGUGGCCGAGUGGAGGAGUCGAUGCGGUACUUUUGGAGGAGCCCCUUCCAGAGCGUGGUUUCGUGGACGGCCGCGAUUAGCGGGUUGGUUCGGAACGGGUCGAGCUUCGACGCUCUGAAGCUUUUCAAGAAGAUGCUCGAGUCCGGGGUCAGGCCUAACAGUGUUACAUUCACUUCUUUGUUUAGGGCUUGCUCGUGCUUGAAGGAAUUUUCUUAUGGGACGAGUGUCUUGGGAUUAAUUGUUAAAGCUGGUUUAGAGCAUUGUGUAUCGAUCUCCAAUUCGCUAAUCACGUUUUUCUUGAGGAUGGGUGAGGGUGAGCAGGCUAGGAGAAUAUUUGAUCAAAUGCAAGAGAGAGAUGUCGUCUCAUGGACUGCUAUCCUGGAUAUGUAUGUUGAAAUGGGGGACUUGAGAGAGGCACGCAGAAUUUUUAAUGAGAUGCCAGAAAGGAAUGAAGUAUCUUGGAGCGCGAUGAUCGCAAGGUACAGUCAAAAUGGUCAUCCUGAAGAAGCUGUGGACCUAUUCCUUCAAAUGGUUCGUGAUGGAUUUAAGCCAACUGUUUCUUGUUUAUCCUGUGUCAUUAGCGCUCUCGCUGACUUGAAGGCUUUGCGAGCAGGGAUGAGUUUGCAUGCUUGGGUUAUAAUGAUUGGAAUUGUGGAAGAUGUAUAUAUUAGCAGUUCUCUAAUUGACUUGUAUUGCAAAUGUCAAAAUACCGCGACAGGACGCUUGAUAUUCGAUUCAAUGUCGUUAAAGAAUGCGGUUUCCUGGAAUUCAAUGAUCUCGGGGUACAGUUUGAAUGGACAGACGGAGGAAGCUUUGGAGCUAUUUGACGAUAGUCCUGUACGAAAUCAGGUCACCUGGAACAGCAUAAUAGCUGGUUAUGUAGAAAGUGGACAGUUUGAUAAGGCCUUUGAGGUGGUAAAUAAGAUGCUUUUGUCAGGGGAAAUCCCCAGUGAAUCCACCUUCUCUAGCAUUCUUUGUGGUUGUGCAAGCACUGCUUCACUGGAGAAAGGGAAGAACUUCCAUGCAAAAGCAAUUAAACUUGAUAUCGAGAGCGAUCUAUUCUUAGGCACUGCACUCACUGAUAUGUAUGCAAAAUGUGGAGAUAUGUGUGGGGCUAAGCAGGUUUUUGGCAGAAUGCCUGAAAAAAAUGAAUGCUCAUGGACUGCGAUGAUACAAGGUCUGGCUGAAAAUGGUUUUGCAGAGGAAUCCAUUGCUCUGUUUGAAGAGAUGGAAAGGAACUUCUCUGCAGCUCCUAAUGAGCUCAUGCUUCUGUCCGUUUUAUUUGCUUGUUCUCAUUCUGGGCUAGUCGAUAGCGGUCUCCAGUAUUUCAACGCGAUGGAGAAAGUAUAUGGUUUAAAGCCGAAUAAAAGGCAUUACACCUGUGUGGUUGAUAUGCUUUCUAGAUCGGGCCGCCUCUCAGAAGCGGAAGAAUUCAUUGAGGCAAUGCCAAUUCCACCGGAACCAAAUGCAUUGGCUGCUCUAUUAAGUGCUUGUACUAAGUACCGGAAUGAAGCCAUCGGAGAAAGGACUGCUAGAAAGCUGUGGCAACUGGGUGCAAAGGAUUCAGCGGGCUAUGUGUUAAUGUCGAACAUAUAUGCUUCAGCUGGAAGAUGGGCCAAUGUUGAAAAUACCCGGAAGUUGAUGAAGGAAAGCGGGUUGAAGAAGAGUGUCGGCUGUAGUUGGGUCGAAGUGAAGAAUCGGGUUCGCUCUUUCUACUCGGAAGACAAAUCUCACUCUCGAUCUGCCGAGAUAUACGGAAUGCUAGAUUUAUUGAGAUUGGAGAUGUCCUCUUCUUUCGAGACACUCCCCUUGUUGAUGCGGAAAACCAUGCUGAUCCCAUCUCAUGAAGUAAACACAACUGACAAGCAGAUUGGAAGAGCACAUCAUGAUACAGAUACAAAUUUUCGGUGCUCUGCUUUCAGUUCUGCUUCUUCCUCCUGGAUAGCGAUUGAAGGAAAUCCAGUUAUGGAUUCGUACACGUUGAAGUCCGUUUCGGAUCUUCCACCGCCUUUCCGAUCGAUCUACAGUUUCAGGUACUUCAAUUCGCUGCAAAGCGAAUGUUUCCCUAGCUGUUUCCACUCCGACAUAAACAUGGUUAUCUCGGCACCAACGGGGAGUGGUAAGACAGUGCUCUUUGAGCUUUGCAUUCUGAGGCUGCUCUCGAGAUUUAUAACCGACGAAAUGAAACUUACCCCUGCCAAAGGAACACUUAAGACGAUAUACAUUGCUCCUUCCAAGGCUUUAGUACAAGAGAAGCUCAGGGACUGGAGCCGAAAGUUUGGAUCAUGGGGAAUCAAUUGCCUUGAGCUGACCGGUGAUAAUGAUGCUUACAAAGCAAGGAACAUACAGGAAGCAGACAUCAUUCUGACCACACCCGAGAAAUUCGAUGCGGUGACUCGCUACCGCAUAAAGGACGGAGGCUUGAGCUUUUUCAGCGAUAUAGCACUCUUACUCAUUGAUGAAGUUCACCUGUUGAAUGAUCCACGUGGAGCCGCUCUGGAGGCAAUUGUUAGCAGAAUCAAAAUUCUUGCUAGCAACCCAAAUUUGAAGUUGACUCCUCUUGCUCAUGUGCGCCUUCUAGCUGUCUCUGCAACGAUUCCAAAUGUUGAAGAUCUUGCUGAAUGGCUCAUGGUUCCUGCUCAAGGAAUUAAAAGGUUUGGAGAAGAAAUGAGACCAGUGAAAUUAACUACCAGAGUUCUUGGCUACACCCCAGCCAAAAAUGACUUUCUUUUUGAGCAGCGCCUUCAGAACUUCAUUUUCGACAUUCUAAUGCAAUAUUCCAAAGGGAAGUCUGCUCUUGUUUUUUGUUCAACUAGAAAAGGAGCACAAGAAGCAGCACAGCGACUUUCGCAGAUGGCAAUGACAUUUGGUUAUUCAAAUCCGUUUAUUAAGAAUAAGGAACAACAAGAGAGUCUGAGGGAAGCUUCAUUGUCUUGCGGCGACAAACAAAUGCAGUCUUACAUCAUUUAUGGCGUUGCUUAUCACCAUGGUGGGCUUGGCUUGAAGGAUCGUAACCUUGUUGAAGGUCUAUUUCUUAAGGGGGAUAUACAAGUUUUGUGCACUACUAAUACUCUUGCCCAUGGAAUCAACUUACCUGCACAUACAGUAGUAAUUAAAUCGACACGAAGCUUCAACAAGGAAAAAGGACACUACGUGGAAUAUGACCGAUCAACAAUACUGCAGAUGUCUGGAAGGGCAGGGAGGCCACCAUUUGAUGAUACAGGAAUGGUUAUUAUUAUGACGAGAAAAGAAACGGUUCAUUUGUACGAGAAUCUACUGAAUGGAUGUGAAAUUGUCGAGUCACAAUUGCUCUCUUGUGUAACAGAGCAUCUGACUGCAGAGAUAGUGCAGCUGACUGUCACUGACAUCACUCGAGCAAUUGAGUGGAUGAAAUGCUCUUAUUUGUAUGUCCGAAUGAAAAAGGACCCUGGAAAAUAUGCAAUCAAGAAAGGAAUAACUAUUAACCAGAUAGAGAAGCAUAUGCAAGAGAUCUGCCUUCAGAAAGUACAUGAGUUGUCGCAGCAUCAAAUGAUCUGGACUGAUGAUGAUGGAUUUCUCAUAAAGCCAUUAGAGCCUGGUCAUCUGAUGACAAAGUACUAUCUAAAAUUUGACACAAUGAAGUACAUAAUGCAGGCUCCUGCAAAUUGCAGUUUGGAGGAUGCACUUCAUGUCAUAUGCCAUGCCGAGGAACUUUCUUGGAUACAAUUAAGACGCAAUGAGAAGAAGCUUCUGAAUGACAUUAAUGCUGAUAAGGAUGGAAGGCUUCGGUUUCACAUCACUGGUGAUAAAGGAAAACCAAAAAAGCGUAUUCAAACCAGAGAAGAGAAGAUCUUCAUCCUGACAAAUGAUUUUCUAACUGGCGAUCCCUUAGUUCAUGAUUUGUCCAUGACCCAGGAUAUGAACUCUAUCUUUCCAAAUGGAUCGAGAGUUGCGAAGUGCUUGAAAGACUAUUUUCUGUACAAGAAAAACUACAUGGGAGCAGUUAACUCCGCCAGAUUGGCCAAGUCGUUGCAUCAAAAGCUCUGGGAUGACAGUAAAUAUUUGCUGAAACAAUUGCCUGGCAUAGGAAUGGUGACUGCCAAGGGUCUGCUUUCCAUGGGAAUUGAUUCAUUUGAGAAACUAAACGAUGCUGAUCCAAGGAGGAUAGAGAUAGUCACUGGACGCAAAUAUCCAUUUGGGAAUCAAAUCAAGGAGUCUCUACAGUCAUUACCUCCAAAGGUUGAGAUGAAAGCCGAGGAAAUUGAAUGUGAUAGACAAGGAAAGGCUAAGGUGUCAAUCACAUUGACUCGCCUAUUGCAGUCAGUUCUAUCAAAUAAAGGACAUUAUGCUGACAUGAUUGUGGGUUCAGAAGAAGAUAAUUGCAUCCAUUUCCACAAAAAAAUAAGAGUGGCUGAGUUCAGCAGCCCCUAUAACACAACAGUUUACGUGUCACGUCCAAGGCAUGGAAAGUUGACCGUCAAGGCUGACCUGAUUUUCGAAGAAUACUUGGGCAUUGAUCUGCACCAUACUGUUCAAUUGAAGGAGAACCAACCAAGCACAGAUAAUGAAGGUGAUAACAAGAAGCCUUCAUCUUUCCCUCCAUCAGGAGCAGUGGAUACAAAAAACUACAACAGUAAAAGCACAUCAAAUGCUGUAGCAAGAAGCUUUCAUAAUUUCCACAAGUCUAAAAGCAAAAGCAAUUCUGGGCCCAGUUUUGACCUCAUAGAUGAAGAAUUGGCAGAAGUUAAUGAAGGUGAGCCUGCAAAGAGAGAUGACGAUGACAGUGACUGCAAGAUCAUAUCCGAAACUACUGUCUUUGACCAUAUACGUGAAAAGGCCAAAUGCUUUCCUGCACUGCCUGCAUCGAGCUCUUCCUCCUCUCCAUCGCGUCAACUGCUGGACAUACAAAGAAAGCGCAGCCGUGCAAAGCCACAAAAGCUCCCUGAGUUGAUAGAAAUUCAGGAAGAGACAGAGGGAUGGGAUACCAAUGACAACUUUAAUGCAUGCGAUGCCGAUGACGAUUCGAGUUCAAAGCAGCAUUUUGCAGAUGCAUUCUCAGUGCCAGUGAGCGCCGAAGGUGGAUUUCCUUCCAAACCUAAAGAAAAUGCAUCCAUGGCUUUGAAUGAAGAAACGGUGUUCGGUCACAUUCGUAAGAAAUCUAAGAACCUCCCGGUCCUCACUGGCCUGAACAUGUUAGAAUCCAAGACGUUCAUCGGGACAAAGGAGCACUCAUUCGAGGAGCAGGAGCAGCCUCAUCACAUUAAAUCCAGAGACAUUCUUAGAGAUGACCCUAGCAUCUCGAAUACAGAGCCCAUGCAGGUGGGAAAAGAUCCACGCCAUACACAUUCACUUGGAGUUUUGAGGACGAGUAUUGACAUAUCUUCGAUGAAGAUGCUCUUGUUUGAUAGCCCCGCAGCGAAGAAGAAUGCCUCGCAGGCCAACCCGCACAAAUCUCCUGGAGUUUGCAAGAAGCUCGAUCGCUCUCGCAGUGGACUAACUGCAAGUACAGCCAAGGAAGCGGACUCGUGCCUCGGGUUCAGGAGCGUCUUCUCAUUCCUCUGAUCUUAUUUGCCAAGAAACAAACGCCAUUAUCGCAUUCUGAAAAUUCCCAUUCCUUUCCGUCCCUCGGUGGUCUCUCUGUCAGUCACCGAGAAUUCGCCAUUAUCCAUCACCUGAUUCAAAAGCCCGCGUAAUGGACUGCAGAGGCAUAAUAUGAAUGCCUUGAGAUCCAAAACGCCAUAGGUGCGAACUUGCCUGCUCUGCUACAGCUCAACCCCCACGCAUGCAUGUAGAUAAGCUGUGCUCAACACGAGAGUUGACCUGUUCAACGAGUUCAGUUAAAUGAACAUUUUGAAUCUGACGAACGUUCGAAUGCAUUGAUGAGUACAUCGAACUAUAAGCUGAGAAGCUGCAAAUCGAAGGACAGUUGGGUCGCGCAAAGCACUUCAUUUGUUCAACGUUUUCGACAUAUUGUCCUUCGUUCGACAAAUUUCACUUUAUGUACCCUCUUUAACAAAACUCAAUUUAGUUUAAUAAGGUCGGGUUCGUUUU